UUUACCUACUCGAUCUCUGUGCUAUGUCAGGCAGACAUAAAUAUAAGCUAGUUUGUCAGACAUGAGUCAGUUCUUGGGUCGUCAGGACUGCAUCGAAAGCCUCCGAAAAGACGUCGUCGACCUUCAAGGUGCGAUUCUGGACGUCUUUUCUAGAACCGGACCGGUCCGUUUUUCCUCCUGGAAGUUCCCCGAUAAACUUUCAUGUAAUCUGGACAUGGUAGCUCUACUGGAGCAAUAUGACUUUGUGGAUGGGGAGGAUGUGUUCAAUCAGCACUCCCACAUUGUGUUAUUGGAGCUUGUGAUUGACAGACUACUGCUUCUUCUACAAAGCUUUAAUGCUUAUGUUGAGCAAAUUAGGUGCAGCCGCAGGAGAGAACAAACCCAGCAGAAAGGAUGCCUGUCAGUUGGUCUUGUAGUCAGAAACUACUGGGGUAAUUUAAUUCAAUUUGCCAACUUAAAGGGGACAUACAAAGACAUCAAGAAACAGACACAAGCAAGGACAUCUGACUGUGAUCAUGGGACAGAGACAGUGUCAUCAGUCUCCCCCCAAAUGAGCACAAGCAGACAUUGCUUAUCUUCUUGGUCUUCAACAAGCUCCUUAAAGUUUUUGCCACAGACACAUGUACCCUCCAGUGCUACCCAUAACACCCUAUGCUAUUCUAAAGUUGACAGCCACAAUGUAGGCUGCCAGACUAUUAAAUCAUCUCUUGUACCCUGCAAUGCGUGCCACCAAGUGCAAUCCACUUUGAUAAAAACAGGACAUGCUUUGUUAGAACUUCUUCAUAGUGAGAGCCUGCCCUCAUCUCUGCAACCACUAUUAGUGGCUGUUGAAGACACCCUGGAGCUGGGACAUAUGACAGCCGGCGAUGUUGCCCAGUACGCCAAUGAGCAGCUCAAAGACAUGCGCCGGCUGGCAAAGCAUCUUCAAGACGUGCGGGGUACUGUGCAGCCUCUUAAAGACAGACUAGCCUCAGCGGAAGCAGAGCGGGAGAGACUCAGGACCCAGCUGGAAAGAACACAGAAAGAGUUCAAGCAAGAGUUGGAAAAACACCAAACAAACAUAGUCCAGCUGGAGUUUUCGCUGAGGAAAGCACAGAGGUCCGUGAAAGAAACAGAGAAAAGGCUACAAGAGGAGCAACAACAAUUCAAGAGAGAAACGUUGUGCUUGGAGGAGACUAAUUCCAGACUGAAAGAGAACGUUAGAGUACAGCAAGAUACAUUACAAGCACUUGAGCAUGAAAAUAAUGUACUGCAGGAAAAAGUGAGGACCUUGCACAUGGAAGAAGAGACCUGUUGUAAACUACAGCAAAGGGUCCUGCAGUUAGAGAGUCAAAUCUCUGAAACUCAACUCCGUCUUGACAAAGAGAAUGCCAAGUACCACAGCGCUUGUCGUCAGCAAGAGUCAAUGCAGGCAAAGCAGAAGUCUUUGUUAGAGAGAGUUGAUGCUCUCGACGAAGAGUGUGAAGAGCUGCAGAGGCAGUUGGGAGACAGGGAGGAGAGACAGAUCGACACUCACAAUCACCUGCAACAGAUGUCAGAGCAGAAGGAGCAAGUGCAGGCUCAGCUUGCUCAGCAGCAGGACCUGUGUUUGGUGCUCCAAAAAGAGAAGCAGACACUGGAAACACACAUAGGCGAGCUAAUGAACAGUGUGGCUGAGCUGAAGGAAUACACACAAGCUUUAAGGGAGAGGGAGAGGCUGCUGGUGGCUUUCCCAGAGCUCAACCCCCUGGCUCAGGCCCAACCCCAGAGUACAGGAAAUGUGCUUUUGGAUAUGGAGCAACAAUUGCAGGCAAAUAGCAUUCGUAUAAACAUUCUGGAGCAGGAAAACACUACCCUAUACAGCAGCCUUGUGAAACUGAGGGAAAGAGCACAAAAUAAUGCUUCCAGGGAAGCCGCACCUCAGCAGACAUGGAGCCUCUCUCUGCCCAGCACACCAGUAGAGAAGCAACCAAAUCACUUGACACAAAUGCAAAAGAGUCCAUUGCAGAGCAGCAGUAUAACAGGGCUGGGAUACGGUAACAGAGGGAGGGAAGCAAGACGAGGGGAAAGUGGUCUGGAGUCAGCCAAGUCAGACGAUCAUGUGUCCACUGCCCCCACCUCCCCCCCGUCUCUGCAACUUCACCUUCAAACCCUCCACCUCAACAUGGGCUCCACUGUUGCUAAAAGCCAGACAACAGCACACGGUGGUUCUCUCCUCUCUCACUCCAGAAGCUCAAACCGUAAGAAAAAUAUGAAACCCUGAAUGUGUAAAUGCAUUUAAACAGAACUUGCAGUUUGAGAGAGAAAGAGCACAGCGUUGUAUAAGGAGUUCUGGCAACAACGACAUGGCUCAUAAAAGGCACGUUCCCUAUAAUAUGUCAUGAUGUCUCGUUGCACAUUAUACCACACUAACAAUAACACUUUUGUAAUGUUACAUUCUCAUUGUGUACACUUGUGACAGUGGACUGUUACUAAAUUUUGUCAAUAUGCUGUUGAAUUUAUAUACAAUAAACUAAC